UUGAGCAGAACUCGCACGAGCAGUGGCCGGAUUAGAAGACUAUAAAGCCACAGGGUCAUGUGGUCCCUUGCACUUGGUUUGAAUUGAAUCGGUGGCAGCACGUUUUCUCUCGAUGUUUGCCAUGCAGUUUCUGUGAUUGAGUCUUUCACACCAACAUUAAUAUCGCCGUCAAGACUGCGUUUCACGUGGAUACGCCUUGCACACUGAGGCAUAAUGGUGAAGAAGGGAGCUAAAAAGAACCAGGGAGCCAAUACUGAGGAGCAUGGCACGAACCACCACGCACUAUUUGAUGGCGUGGAUGAAGACGACACGGUGAUGUAUAAGGAAGAAAACGAAAGUGAAACGGAAGAAGAACGCAGCAACGACGAGGAACAGGACACGGUUGUCCAACAAGCCACGUCGACCGACGAGAAGAGCACGGAAGACGAUGAGGGUUUGCCUUCGCUUGCGUCGCUGGAAAAGAAAGCGAUCAAAGACGACGUUUCUCAGAAGCUGAGUUUUCCGAAGAAGCAUCCCAGCACUAUUGAUAUGAUCUGCGAUGCUCUGGAGAACCUUGGCGAAAAGAAAGGCUCUGCUCCGGUGGCCAUCAAGCAAUACAUAAUGGGAAAGUAUCCCGAGCUGAACGCGAACCGUUUCAAGUUCCAGUUCAAGCGUGCCUUCCUCAAAGGGAUCGAAACGGGUGAACUCCUGAGAACGAAAGCCACGGCAGAUGCAGUCGGCGUAACAGGCAGAGUCCGGCUGGCUCCAAAGAAACCGAAGGCGAAGUCUAAGGUACUCGCCAACAGAAAAGCAGCCAUGGCUACAGAGAAGGGUGGUGAAACAUCUUCAGAGUCUGCAGAAGAGGAGCCACUGCCGAAGCCUGCGAAGAAGGCGAGUAAACCUGCCCCGAAAGAGAAAGCGGAAAAACCGCGACGGAACACUACGGCUACCAAAUCGAAACCGAAAGAGAAAUCCGAAGACGGCGAUAAAGACAUCCCAAAAAGGGGACGCAAGCCAAAAAGUGCGAAGGCCGAAAAUGGUGAGAUGAAUGAAGAUCACGUGAAGCCAAAGAAGCCUACGAAGGCAAAGCCUGCUGCGAGCAAACAAGCAGAAAAAACUGAUACGAAAGCAGCGACGAAACCACCGACCAAACAGAAGGCUCCGCCAGCCAAGGCCUCGAAGGAACCGGCAAAGAAAACGGCCAAAACAGGCAAAGUUAGUAGGUGAGACUCAAGCGGGCAAAAUCUGUGGACUUGCGUGGACACUACUGUUUUUAAGCUGGGAGCGGGAGCUAUAUUUUAAUCGCGCGUUUUUAAGUUCUCCAUCAAGCUCCUCUGGAAAGAUUUGGUUCACUCCCGAGAAUAAUAAAAUCACGUUUUUGCGGU